GCGUUUGCGGUUGCCAAACAUCGGAUUUGACGCGACUGUGUAUGCGGUUUGGUGCAGCAGCAGAUGCAAAGUGCAAAAAAUGUCGGCUUGUUGAAGAAGAGAGCUUGACCAGGAAAAAAGUUAUCCAACUUGCAAAACAAUUCAGAUUUUGAGAGUGAUUUUUGGGCUUUGAUCGGACUGGGCGGUGCGUGCGGGCGUGUAAAACAGGUAGGUACACAUUCCGGAACAGAAAGAUGAGCACCUCGGAUAGCGCCGAUACGACGAGCAGCAGCAGCGCAAGCAGCAAUCAGAAGCAGCCCCAGGAGGAAAACCAGGACGAACUAAUCAUCAAACAACAAAGGGAAAUCGAACAAGAGAUAGCUUAUUCGAAUCCCUUGGUGAGCGAGUCUCAGGCCAUCAACAGCUUGAAUUCGGAAUAUCUGGACGAUGCCGUCUACAUUGCCAAGGUGAAGGAUCUGGCAUCCAAGUAUCGAGCGAUCCGGCGUACCCGCCCCGAUGGCAAUUGCUUUUUCCGGGCAUUUGCCUAUGCUUACUUGGAGUACUUGGUCCGCAACAAGGACGAAUUUACUCGGUUCUAUGAGUACGCAGCCAAAUCUCGAGAAAGACUGACGGAAGCUGGAUUUCCCAGGUUUACCAUAGAAGAUUUCUAUGAGACCUUCAUGGAGGUCAUUAACAAAGUAAAGCCCGAUGGUGACAACAAUACGGCCGCAGCGUUGGUUGAGCUGCAUAAGCUUUUCAACGAGCAGGGUUACUCGGAUUACGUUGUGGUCUAUCUGCGCUUGAUAACUUCCAGCCAUUUGCAGGAAAGAGCGGAUUUCUACCAGAACUUUAUCGACGGAAAUUACACGAUCCAGGAGUUCUGUCGCCAGGAGGUGGAACCCAUGUACAAGGAGUCCGACCACAUUCACAUCAUCGCCAUUUGUUCCGCUCUGGAGGCGGGUGUCCGCGUUGAGUACAUGGACCGAGGCGAUGGAAACCAGGUGAUUGCUCACGAAUUCCCCGACGGUUGCAAGCCGAAUGUGUUUCUGCUGUACCGUCCGGGGCACUAUGACAUUCUGUACCCCAACAACGAGGUACAGUAGACAAUGAAUUUCCAGGAUUGUAACUUUCAGACAAACCCACUCUAUUCGUAUUUGGAGAUCUUAAUCGCUAAUAUAUCCUCUCAUUCAAUUAGAAUUUAAAUAAAUAAAAUGAGAAAGUA